AAGGCCCGCGUCUUAUCGCUCAAGUUCAAGUCCGGAGGACUUGCUCAGUCUCCUCCCCUUAAGUCAUUCUCCAUCCUCUGGCAACCGCUGAAAGCCAGGAGUCCUGGGCUGCGGGUGUCAGUGCCAGCACAGGCAGUCCGGGUCGCUCGGGUGCAGCAGCCCGGCGCAUUCGUCUCUCUCCCUCCCUUUCUCUCUUCCUCUGUCGUCUUCUCUACCUGCCCCUCCUUCUCUUGCCUCUUAAGUUUCCUGCACCGGGAACCCAACUGGGCCAAGCCUAAGCUCCCGCGGACCAAUCCGGAUCGCGACCCCAGCACUGGGACAACGACUCCGCCAAGGCUGGACGAGGCAGCUGGACCCGUCCUCGCCCGAGCAUGGAGACGGAGCUCCGGGGAGGGCACGUCCCGGGCGCUGGAGAAGCCAGGCCGUAGUAGCUCCUCCAUGGAGCCUGUUCAGAGCGGUCCUUGCUCGCUGCAUUUGCCUCCAGUCCUGUGCGGCUGCUGAGAGCGCUCCCCGAUCUGUAAAGUGGAUGUCAGGUGGAUCUAUGUUUUUGAAGGAACAAAGACUCAACCAAGGCACCGCCAAGGAAGUUUGAGAGGAGGGAGGAUGCAGGCUGCGUGCUGGUACGUGCUUCUCCUCCUGCAGCCCGCCGUCUACUUGGUCACGUGUGCCAAUUUAACAAAUGGUGGAAAAUCGGAACUUCUGAAGUCGGGAAGCAGCAAAUCCACACUAAAGCACAUAUGGACAGAAAGUAGCAAAGACUUGUCUAUCAGUCGCCUCCUCUCACAGACUUUCCGUGGUAAAGAAAACGACACAGAUUUGGACCUGCGCUAUGACACCCCAGAACCUUAUUCUGAGCAAGACCUCUGGGACUGGCUGAGGAACUCCACAGACCUUCAAGAGCCUCGGCCCAGGGCCAAAAGACGGCCCAUUGUUAAGACCGGCAAGUUUAAGAAGAUGUUUGGAUGGGGUGAUUUUCAUUCCAACAUCAAAACAGUGAAGCUAAACCUGUUGAUAACUGGGAAAAUUGUAGAUCACGGCAACGGGACGUUUAGUGUUUAUUUCAGGCAUAAUUCCACUGGUCAAGGGAAUGUAUCUGUCAGCUUGGUGCCCCCAACAAAAAUCGUGGAAUUCGACUUGGCACAACAAACCGUGAUUGAUGCCAAAGAUUCCAAGUCCUUCAACUGUCGCAUUGAAUAUGAAAAGGUUGACAAGGCUACCAAGAACACACUCUGCAACUAUGACCCUUCAAAAACCUGUUACCAGGAGCAGACCCAAAGUCAUGUGUCCUGGCUCUGCUCCAAGCCCUUCAAGGUGAUCUGCAUUUACAUUUCCUUUUAUAGUACGGACUAUAAACUAGUACAGAAAGUAUGCCCCGACUACAACUACCACAGUGACACACCUUACUUCCCCUCAGGAUGAGGACGAACAGGGAAUGAGACUGAAGCCUGAGGAAUUAGAGGUCAUAGGACAGGGCUGUUACCUCAAGGAAGAAGGUCACAUCUGUUGCCUGGAAUGUGUCUACACUGCUGCUCUUGUUGACUGGUGCAAACACACUAGUGGAAAACAAUUGAUGUCAUUUCUGCCCAGUCAACUGCAUCUCUCAGCAUAGUUGUAAAUCACCAUAGAUCUCAAAGUCUCACCUGAAGACAUGCUAUCACAUAUAGAGGCACAUGAGCACUCACUCUUGCACAUUUCAGCUUGCAUCUAUCAUGGUUCCCUUUGAGAGGGCUUUCAUUGUCUGACUCAUGAUAGUUCAGGAUAAACUAUGAUCAAACACAAAGAAUUAACUAGACAGAGGAUGUGUCUAACAUGCUAUUAUGGAAAUCUCUUUUAAGGUCUUGAGUCCAUGCUAAUCAAUAAUCCCCACUCAUGCAUUCCUACUGCUUGGAGUAGCUGUGCUGGUGAACACUACUGUAGGAGUUAUAUGCUUGUUAAAUGGAAAAAAAAAAUGUGUCUUUAGAGCUCAGUAUUCUUUAUUUUAUAAACACAACAAAGUGUAGUAACUUUUUCCCAGCAUACAGUAGGCACAUUCACGGUGAUACAGGAUGGCUUUUCUUUCUCUGGAGGGAGGAGCCCGUUCUCAGUAAAGAUGAGCAAACAUUUGGAAUUUACAUGUGGGCAGACACUGGGAUUACAGCUUUUCUUGCCUCUCUCCGGACCUUUGCAAUGUUGAGAGGAACUAAGGCUGCUUAACACAAGUUCUGAUCAUUAUAUAAGAAGGGAAAUGCCUGGCAGACACCAUGUAAGUUAGAAGUGUCUGUCUUAUCUUUACUACACAUAUUGUAACAAAUUCAAUAUCCUAGUCUUCAUUUGUAUGAAUGGUUUGUAUUGUAUAUAGUUUAACCAAGUGUUAUUUGAGCUGCUUAUUAAUAUUAAAUUGUACUUGUCUCUCUGCUUGUUAUUGGUUAAAAAGAAAAAAAAAAGGAUCUGAGGAAUCCAUUUAUUCAAUGUAGCUGUGAACUCCAUUAAAAAGACAAAUUUAAUGUACAAAGCAUUUAUUCAGCCCAAGUAUUGUUGAAAGCUAUACAUAUACCACAUUACACUGUCUGUAUUUAGAUAUUUUAUUUCUGGAAAAAAAGAAAUGUACAUAAAAAUAAAACACUUAAAGUUGAGUUUCAA